AUGAAGAAGAACACAUACGAAAUCAACAUCCUCAACAAAACAUACGCCAAAUUCGAAAAGAACUUCUUCAAACGGAAGACCGAUUUGUAUGAUUGCGAAAGGAAAAUUCAGGCUAUAGAAGAUGCUGAAGCAGCUGCUAAUAAAGAGAAGAGCCUCAUUUUCCAUGGCGAUGAUCAUGUUAAAAAGGGGGGAGGAAGUUCUAGAGGCAACGGUAGCAGUAAAGGAGGCAAUGGUGUUUCAACCGGCACCAUAUCAAAGAGAAAACAAACUGGUGAUGGAAGUUGCAGGCCAAUCAAAAGAGGUGGAGGUCGCAACGGUGAUCGUGGUAGUGGAAGUGGUGGCCAUUCUCUCCCUCCUUUUCGAAACCUUUUAAAAGUGAAGGAUUCAGUGGUGAAGAAUAGUAUAUCAGGGAGGAUCCUCUUGAUCUUGUCUGUACUUGGAUGA